UUGAUACAGAUGUCUAUGAUUCUUUGAAUGCGAAUCAAUUGCAAAGCACCAAUUCACCACAAUGUUUUAAGCAGUCACAUACUUCAGAAGUGGACGAGUAUAAAGAAAUGCUUUCAGGUUUAAAUCAAUCAUUAGAAAUGAAUCCAUGUGAUUUGCUUGCGUUAAGAAAUCGUGGAUUCACUUCGAACGACGAUAAGAUAGUGUGUAAUAAAAUGUUGGGCAUUCGUGGAAUAAUUUAUCGAGAAAUGGGUAGAUAUGAAGAAUCACUUAUUGAUUUAAAUAAGGCAUUAGAGAUCAUACCUAAUGAUGCGUUAAUGUUAA